UUUGGUGUACUAGUAAGCAUGCUGACAAAUGCUCCGGACUCUGCCUCGACAGCCGAUAAGAGUGGAUUUUUGCAGGUGGUCAACAGGAUCUGUUUCGAUGAAAAAGAUCAAAACAAGAAUCAGAAACAUGGCUUUCGGGAGUCCGAAAAUGAACGAGAGCAAAAUGCACAUACCGUCCGAAAAUACUGCACGACCUCAACAGUGUCACCUGAUAUUACUCAUGCAACCGAAUGCCUCAUUACAUUUGCAUCCACGCAUGAUAUAGCAGUGUGUGCACAUGGGGUUUCUCUGAGACUUCUCUGCCUAGGCGGCUGUUACGUUCUCCAAUAUGCUCUCCCCAAUUGGGGUUCCAAGACAGGAAACUAGACCGGGCAUGCGACAUGCUUUACGAGAUUUGUAGUGCGCAGGGAUAUAAAAACAUGGUCAAGUCGGUGCCGCAUGCUGUGCGGGAUCUGCAUGCAGUUUAUGUUACACUUAUAAGUUUAGAUGGGUCGCCGCAGACUAAAAGAUGGCGAACGCACUAUUUGCUUCUUCUGUGGCUGGGUGUGCUCUUGCUAAACCCUUUUGACAUGAACUCUUUAGUUGACGACGGCACAACGCUGGUUGCCGGAAUUGUCCAAUGCUGUACUGAAGCUCUCAACGAACCAGGUCCAUCUCGCCAAGCAGCUGCAUUCUGCAUUUCGACGACUUUAACUCGGCAGGAUGUAUCGAUCCACUUUAUGGUUGACUUGGUUCAUCAGAUAUCUAGUCUGCUUGCAGAUCUUGGCAGCUUGGAAAGCCAAGCCCCCUUUGCUGCGAUGGGCGCUGUUCAGGCACUAGCCGCAAUAUAUAAGCGUGGCGACAGAACUCUGCUUCAGAAGCUCGCCGACAGAGUCUUUGAAGCUGUUCGACCCUGCCUUUUGGAUGCCAAAUACGGUACGAUUCGAAUUCUGAAACACUUCGUUAUCAAGCUGGUCGCACGCCUUGGCAUUGCCGUGCUUAAACCACGAAAUGCUUCUUGGUGCUACACCCGAGGAAAAAGGACUUUGAUGAUGGAUGGCUUUGAAAGCUGCUAUGAAGUCUCAGAUGCUGAUGAGGAGACUGGGCAAAGGGCAAGUGUCGGGGUCGAAGAUGAGAGAUUCAAGCACAUAGUAGAAUCAGCUGUGGGUGUGCUCCUACAAGCCACAUGCGACUCUGAGACAAAAAUUAGGUGGUCUGCUGCGAAGGGGAUUGCACGAAUAGCAUCUAGACUUCCACGUGGCCUGGCGGAUGAUAUUGUCAAAAAUAUUUUGUCAAUAUUCACGGAUCCUGGGUCCCAUCAUAAUGAUAAUGCGUGGCAUGGAUCUUGCCUCGCCCUCGCAGAGCUCGGUCGUCUUGGCAUCCUGUUGCCUAAGCGCCUUCCAGAAUCGCUUUCUGCCCUUGAAGUUGCCUUAAGAUAUGAGGUAAGACAUGGGAGCCGUUCUGUUGGGGCCAACGUGCGAGACGCUGCUUGCUACGUAGCUUGGGCCUUCGCACGAGCAUAUCCUCCCUGUGUGCUCGGUCUCUAUCUACCCGCUCUAAUCGAAAAAAUUCUAAUGACAGCGGUCUUUGAUCGAGAGGUCCAUGUACGAAGAGCUGCCGGAGCGGCCCUACAAGAAAACAUUGGUAGACAGGGAAUUCAGGCUUUUGGUUCCAUUGGCAUCAAACUGACACAGACUUUGAGCUUUUCUGCCCUUGGUUCAUGUGAGCGUGCGUAUAUUGAAAUGACCCCUGUAAUCGCCAAAAUGGGCUACUGGGAAGCAGCCUUUGCAAAGCUGCUCAGAGAACUCGUUGGGCAUUGGGAUACUCGAAUCCGCAUUCUCUCGGCCAAAUCCCUCUAUGCUCUCGUGAACAUUGUCAAUGAUCGAUCCCUGCUGCAGGAUAUUGCACGUAGAGCCAGCUUGGUUCUGGCUCCUCUUGCGAGUGGAAGCAGGGACCUGGCCUUCCGCCACGGCGCUCUUCUUGCUCUUGCACAUGUAAUGCGUGCCCUUCGCACUUUUGAUGAUAAUUAUCUUUCCGCACAGCUGAGUACUGUAGUCCCUAGUCUCGAAUCAUCACGCCUUUACCGAGGCAGAGACGGUGAUUUAGUGCGAAUCGCUGCCUGCAGCUUCAUUGCGGCCCUGGCUUCGUGCUCUUGCCCACUAAAUGCCCCGACUCAAUUGAGGCUGUUGGGUUCCUUAGAUGAUUCAAGUGGUCACGCCCUUGAGACUGUGCGCGCCGCUGCAGCUACAGCAGUGCGCGUACUCUCAAUGAGCUAUUUUGGAGUGGUUGCGUACACAAACGGCGCUUUUAAUGAGCCAGAUGAAGUGCUAUUAUCUCAGACCGUAUUCAAGUAUCUGGACAUUGUGCGCAAAGGGACAACCGCGAGCCUCGCCAGAGGCUCGUGUAACUGCCUCGGCGCCUUGCCUGCAUGGCUUGUUGUCAGGGAUAAAUCAACACUUGAUGUAGUAUUUGAGACCUUAAUUGUUCGUGCAUGGCGCUUCAACAUGGUUGCUGGCGAAAAGGAUGCUGAAACAAGGCGCGGUGCUUUAGUUGCACUCAAGGAAAUAGUCACCAUCAUCGAUUCAAGACAUCUGAUACGGAAGCGAGCCUUGAAGCUCCAUGCUUCAUUUGUGCACAAUGCUGCCCGAGACUUUGGCCUUGAUAAGCGUGGUGACGUUGGGUCCUGGUGUCGUAUUUGCGGACUUAAAGCCGCUGUGUCUCUAGCUUCAGUUAUAAAUCCGCAGUGCAAUCUUACGUCCACCUCUUGCAAAUCCCGUAUUGUACCUUGUCUUCUCACGCGAGCUGCAAGAAUCACUGCCGAUUGUGGCUGUGUCAAUUUUGUACUAGCCAGGCCAUUCCUGCACGUCGACUCAAUUUUCAGUUGGGGGGCAAGGGAGUCACAGGAGCUUUGCUGCUCUCUACUACGGCAUCUUAGCGAGAAGCUUGACACCGUUCGGAAAAUUUCCUUGCAGUUACUGCCAAUGCUUUUUAAACGCGCCCCCGCUGUCCCAAUGCGAAAUGAGAUUGAAGUCAGGCUGUUUGCUAAUGGAAAAAGUACUGAGCUUCCAAGCCGUCUAUGCACGUGUCUUCAGCUUAAGGGGGCCUAUCAUAGUGCGAUUCUCUCUGGUUUGAUUCAGUCCGCUGGCUCCAGAGACUCAAAGAUGGGUAGCCUGUUUAGACAUGCUUUAGUUCACCAUGCAAUGACAGAGGCCAAGACUCAAGAUAAUUCAGAUACAUCUUACCUUGCCCGGUCGUUUGUCCUCAAGACACGUACUCUUGGUUCCAGGGUAUCGAAGGCACCCUCUGUCGAAGAGAGAAGCAGAAUGCAUCUACCUCUUCUUAGAUGCCUAACUGCCCUGAUUGAGGCAGGGGCUCUCAAUCCGAUUUUCCAAACCGCGAGUCGUGUGCACAGUGAUCCAAAUGCUCUUGGGCUUGAUCUGGUGAUUUCGCUAACCUUGUUGGCUUCAUAUCAACAUUCGAGUGAUGUUAAAAAAAUCUGUGCUGCAGUGGAUGCUCUCCUGGCCUAUCUUUCUGCCGCGGCAGUGUCUGCUCCGGUACUUGCACACCGUUCUCUUGCCACGCUUCUCCAAUGUCUGCAUUCCCCAUACCCGCGCACCCGUGCUUACAUUGCAGAACAACUAUAUGCUAGGCUAGUUGAACUCUCCAUGGUCCGUGAUUGCUUUGUGGGUAUGGGACCACUGUCUGCUGCCCAAGAGCUGCUUUGUGAUAUCAACUGGGGUGCUGAAGUAAAUAUGAAAUUCUUCGAUGAUGUGAUCUUCCGAUUGUGCCAUAUCCUUAUGAUCGAAAAAGGCCACAUUCAGUCACAAGAGGCGCCGCCCAAAGUCAAUCACCCGGAAUGUGACGAACUAGAGUCAUAUGCAUACUUGGUUAGAGUGGCUGGUUAUUAGUCAAUCUUCGUGCAGUAGCAUCAAUUACGAAUGGGGGGGGAGCCAGAUUUGACGGUUCACAUCGCAAGCCUGAUCGCAGUCUGCAAGUCUGGAAGUUUCUAGGUUAAGAUUACUUACGCCUGUUCCCACCUUAUGACGAAGAGCGGGCCGAAAUGGCUGGGAUCUGACGUUUUUAGUGGCCGCGAACGUCGCGCCAGCGGCGUUUCGUGCCGCGUCGCGUAUGCUUCUGGCACGCGAUCAGGUUGAUGACCACAUUUGCGCAUCUGCCCCACAUCGCUGGUACUUGAGGGCCCUCAGGAAACCGAGUUACCAGCGUAUGGGCGAAUUUUGUUUUGGAAAUUGUUUCUUAAAGACGAGCAAACUGACAGGCUGAAACAUUUUCCUUCGCGCCCGCCCGGCGCGAAAAGUACACCAUUGCCGGAAUCUACAUUCCGAAAUUUCUCAGAGUCUGACUUUCAAGCUGCUAAAAUACUAGGUUGCAAUGUGCCUAGGAGCACAGCAGUGCACUGAUCCCCGUGCUGCCUGGCCCCGUUCGUACUACUUACGUGAAGAAGGGUACUACUGCCUGUUCUUAGAGCCUGAGCUCUUACCCUGAGAAUACCCGGACGGUACGCUUGCUAAACUUAGCUAAACAAAUCGUCGCAACUGGCAGGCUGCUAUCUUCGCUAGAUCGUCGAAUUAGACCAUGAGCCCACUUGCGAAGUGGGCCCGGAGCUCGCGAUCCAUCGAAGUGUCACGGGGUGCGAGCAGCCUCCAGAGUGCAUUAUAGACAUUCGAUAGCCCCUUCCCGUCGCGAUUCCAGAAUCUUAGAACGUCUGCAGCUGCGACAAAACUCGUAGAGUACACCCCAUCACCACGAAACACCGAGACCGUCGGAUCGGGCUCUCGCGACGCUAAGACAGUCACGAUGGCGCAUAGACUUGACCGUAGCUUCGCCCUGUCGUGUCCGGGCAGCAGCUCGUCCAGUGCCAGUUUUUAGCCACCUCGCGCCGAGAUUUCGUGCCUCGAAGACGAGAAACGGCCUGAUUUUCGUUGCGCUGCCCCUGGGCAAUGAAUCCUAGCACUGGACGAGCUACAGGCUCACACGGCUGCACGAAGCUCCAAACCGAGCCGGUGCUAGAAAAGAUGCACCUCAGACUGAGUUCUCGCGCUGCCAAUCCAAUUCCCCCCCGGCGCAACGUCUCGGCUAUAAUUUGGGCUACC